CUGGCCACUGCUAUGAACCCUUUGUGAAGUAUGGAAACCUGACCAGCAGCGAUGUCACAUGGGGACUGGGAGCUGUGGUGGAGUUUGCCUGUGAUCCUGGCUACACUCUGGAACAAGGCUCUGUCACCAUCGAGUGCAUCAGUCCCAACGACCCUCAGUGGAAUGAUACUGAGCCAGCCUGCAGAGCUGUGUGCAGUGGUGAGAUCACAGACUCAGCUGGGGUUGUCCUCUCUCCUAACUGGCCUGAAGCUUAUGACAAGGGACAGGACUGCAUCUGGGGAAUUCAUGUAGAAGAAGACAAGAGGAUCAUGUUGGACAUCCGAGUGCUGAACACGGGAAAGAAUGACCUGCUAACUUUUUAUGAUGGAGAUGACCUAACAGCUAAAAUGUUGGGUCAGUACGGAGGGUCAAAGUCCCGCUUCAAGCUCUACACAUCUUCUGCAGACGUCACCAUCCAGUUCCAGUCGGACCCGGCCACCAACAUCUACGGCUAYGGAAACGGCUUCGUUAUCCACUUCUUUGAAGUGGCUCGUAACGACACCUGCCCUGAGCUCCCUGAGAUUUCUAACGGCUGGAAGAGUUCCUCUCACCCUGACCUGGUCCAGGGCACCGUGGUGACCUACCAGUGUUACCCAGGUUUCCAGGUAGUGGGCUCUGAGCUGCUCAUGUGUCAGUGGGACCUCACCUGGAGUGGUGACCUCCCAAGCUGUGAGAGAGCUGAGACGUUUGAGCCGUGCAGCCACCCAGGAACCCCCUCCUACGGGACCCCCAGCUCCAAGAAGAUCCACUUUCAGGCUGGGGAGACCCUGAACUACUCCUGCCAAACUGGACACCAGCUCCUGGGUGAGCCUGUUCUCCACUGUGUCCCUGGACACCCGUCUUUGUGGAGUGGGCUGCCACCUGUCUGUCAAGUUUCCUCUGCAGACUUAAGGAUGGAGGGGGUCCAGGUGGUCCUUGCGGUCUUCAUACCAAUUCUCCUCUUCCUCAUCCUCACUGGGAUCUUUUUCUACCUCUCAAAGGGUCAGAAGAAGCUCUACCUGUUCUCUAACUUACCAUACAAAACUAUCAGAAGAGAACCGAAGAAAGACACAUCAAUGUAUGAGACAAUGGAAACCAGAGAAUAUGAAGUUUCAAUUUGAAGACUCCUCCAGUGUGUGUGUGUGUGUGUGUGUGUGUGUGUGUGUGUGUGUGUGUGUGUGUGUGUGU